UAAAACCCAACGCUCAGCCCUUCCGAUUUCAAUCAUCCUUCACUCAUCUCUCUCUUCUUCUCUUCUCUAAAAAAAGAAAAAUGAAAAUGUUGGCAAUCAUCUUUUCGGUGCUUCUAUGUGCCAGUUCUGCCGUCGCCGUAGUUUUUAUCGACGGAUUAUUGCCGAAUGGAAACUUUGAAUACGGCCCAAAGGCAUCGCAAAUGAAGGGAACAAGGGUAAUUGGCCAUGAUGCGAUACCAAACUGGCACAUAUCAGGCUUUGUUGAGUACAUUGGAUCAGGACAGAAGCAAGGUGACAUGUUGCUAGUAGUCCCCGAAGGAGCCUUUGCAGUCAGGCUAGGAAAUGAUGCAUCCAUUAAGCAGAAAGUGAAGGUGACUAAAGGAAUGUACUAUUCCAUCACUUUCAGUGCUGCAAGAACUUGUGCACAGGAAGAGAGGCUUAAUGUGUCAGUUGCACCAGACUUUGGCAUUCUCCCAAUGCAAACUUUGUACAGCAGCAAUGGUUGGGACUCGCAUGCGUGGGCAUUCCAAGCUGAAUAUCCAGAGGUUGAGAUUUUGAUUCAUAACCCAGGUGUUGAAGAGGAUCCUGCUUGUGGACCUCUUAUCGACUCCAUCGCCUUGAAGACUUUGUACCCUCCAAGGGCCACUAACAAGAACUUGUUGAAAAAUGGAGAUUUUGAGGAAGGUCCAUAUGUCUUCCCCAACACCUCAUGGGGUGUCCUAAUCCCUCCAAACAUUGAAGACGACCACUCUCCACUACCCGGUUGGAUGAUCGAAUCACUAAAAGCCGUGAAGUACAUUGAUUCAGACCAUUUCUCCGUUCCACAAGGAACACGAGGAGUUGAGCUUGUUGCAGGAAAAGAAAGUGCUAUUGCCCAAGUAGUUCGAACCAUCCCAGGGAAGGAAUAUGUUCUCACAUUCUCAGUGGGAGAUGCUAGAAAUGCCUGUGAAGGUUCUAUGGUUGUUGAGGCUUUUGCAGGUAACAAAACCUUGAAAGUACCAUACCAGUCUACAGGAAAAGGAGGAUUUAAACGUGCAGUAUUCCGAUUCGUUGCUACUGAAACACGUACAAGGAUCAUGUUCUACAGUACAUUUUACACCAUGAGAAGUGAUGAUUUUUCAUCACUCUGUGGACCAGUUAUCGACGAUGCUAGGUUGGUCAGCAUCCGCAAACAUAUGUGAAAAAGCGCGCACACUUGUUUAGUACUAUGGUUUAUGUAUGAUUGACAAAUGAUGGGAUUAUAUGUGUAUGCAUGGCUGUAUCAAGUCAUAAUCAGUAUUAGUAUAGUUUAAUUUUCUGAAAUAUAUAUAUUUUUGUUGUAUUCCAAAGCAAGAGAAGGCUUAUGUUGAGUUUUAUCGUUCUAAGCACUAUCUGAAUAACAAUGUUAUUAGUUUAUAGAUAUUAAUU